ACUCGCUGUCCGACAACUCAGGUAACAUGUGAGACCAGGAGGCUAAGAGACGGCUGCUAAUAUGAGCCACACUCCACUCCUACAGGCUCUGCUCAUUGCGGUCUGCUUCAGUUUCAUGUGUGGGGCGGUUCACUUCUCUGUGCCGGAGGAGCAGGGGCCCGGGGUUCUGGUGGGGACGCUCAGGCCUCACUUCCCGGCUCCGUACCAGCUCCUGACUCUGGAUUAUCUGUGGUUGGACAGUAACACGGGGGGCCUGUACACCACAGAGAGGAGGCUGGACCGAGAGGAGCUGUGCCCCGAGGAGACGAGGGUUGAUGGCUGCAUUAUCCCACACACGGCCAUUGUGGGCGCCGACGCGGAUCUGGUGCAGUUUUCGCUCAUCGUCGAGGACAUCAACGACAAUGCGCCUCAUUUUGAAAACACAGAAAUACAUCUGAGCUUGUCUGAGGAUGUGAUUAUCGGGGCCGCAUUCUUGCUGGACGACCUGGCCCAGGACAGAGAUAUUGGCAGUAAUGGACUCAUUCACUACAUUAUAGAAGGCUCUGAUGGGGUUUUUGAUGUAGACGCUGAAGAUGGAGGAGGUAUAAAGCUGGUUGUAAAGGCGGCGCUGGACAGAGAGACUCGGGCUGAGUACAACACCUCUCUGGUGGCUAAAGACGGGGGCUCACCUUCUUUCACAGCAGCUGCAGCGUUAAGAAUCACAGUGACAGACGUCAAUGAUAACUGCCCCAGCUUCAGCCCCGACAGUCGUCAGAAUGUCACCAUUUCUGGAGACUCCCCAAAGAACACUCUGGUGGCCCAGGUCAAAGCCACUGACCCAGAUUUUGGUACAAAUUCUGUAAUUACUUAUGACUUCAGUCCCAAAGUGUCAGAGCGCGCCAGGACGCUCUUCAGUCUGGACAGUCUGACUGGAUCUGUCACUCUGACACAGGACCUCCAGUCUGACGUCUCUGAGGACAUGGUAUUAAAAGUGUUGGCCCACGGUCCCCACUGCUCCCCAGCUGACACUCAGGUAACAGUAUCUGUGCUCCCCAGGGCCAAACAGGAGCCCACAAUAAAGAUGGGCUUCAUAGCAAGACAUGAAAACCAGGCUCUAAUGAUCCCAGAGAACGAGCCCUCGACUCUGUUGGCAGUUUUAGAGCUCGAGGCCGAGCAAGGAUUAGAAGAACUAUCUCUGGACAUAGAGGGUGAAGGGCCUUUCGCUCUGAGCCGUCAGAGGGGCACAUACCUGCUGUCAACUUCAACACCUUUGGACUACGAGCAAAAGACAGAACACAACAUUACUGUGUGCGUGUUGAGGUCUGAUCGGGGAUCUGUGAUAACGGCCUCCGCUCGGGUCAUCAGGGUUGUAGUGACGGAUGUGAACGAUAACGCUCCCAUUUUCCCUGUAAGUGUUUAUGAGACGGAGGUGGAGGAAAACAACCCACCAGGGCGACUUCUGCAGGUCACAGCCUCUGACGCAGACUCACAGGACAACGGCAGAGUCACCUACAGACUGGGACAACACACAGACAGGAUGUUUAACAUUGACCCCUACACCGGUCAGCUGUUUGUGUCUGUGUCUCUGGACAGAGAACAGCAGACGCUCCACAUCAUUAGAGUCACUGCACAAGACAAUGGCGUCCCUCUUCUGGAGACCACAGUCACUGUGCGAAUACGAGUUCUGGACAAAAACGAUAACGCACCUGUGUUUGUAAUGCCUCAUUUUAUCUUUUUUGUUCCUGAAAACACUCCGGUGUUGGCUCCAGUCGGGGCCUUGGGGGCGACAGACGCAGAUGAAGGUGAGAAUGGAACCAUAGUCCUGUACGUCGCAAACAGCAGUGGGCCGUUUGUGAUACCAAACUCCAAAAACACUCUGCACACGACAGCCAGCUUAGACCGAGAGCAGCAGGACCACUUUGAAUUCUGGGUAAUCGCGUCGGACCAGGGCGCCCCAAAGCGUUUGAGCUCCAGCGUAAGGAUCACUGUUUACAUCGAGGACAUCAAUGACAACAAACCAAAAGUAAUGCUUCCUGUAAGUAACUUAACGUGUUUAACUGUGGCGCCGGACACGAGCGCGGGCACGACCAUCGCCCGGGUCUACGCCGUCGACCGGGACACGGGGCUGAACUCAGAGCUGACGUACACCAUUUUAAACCAAAGCGGACCGUUCAAAGUGGACUCCAAGACGGGAAACAUCACCUUAGCACAGCGCCUCCAAAGGCCAGACUUGAGAAUGCAUAACCUUUUUGUUGUGGUGAGCGACAGGGGGAAGCCGGCGCCGCUUCACACCGCAGUUUGGGUGAAUCUUUUCGUUAACGACAGCUUAGAGACCUGCCACUUGGACUGUGAACCCCAAGAACCCCCCUGGCCCUCCCCCACCACCUCAGAGAGCGUCGGAUGCCCCGCCAGCCCCGCAGCGAACUCUCCAAAUCCGUUUGAUGUCAUGUUAUUCGUGGGUUUGGGCAUGAUGGUUGUGUCUUUAUGUCUGUUUGUGGGAACUGUUGUUUUACACAGACGAAGGAGGCAGUCCCGAAAGAAAACAUUUGUGAACAGAAAUGAGAAUGAAGUCCCACUGAAGCUUCAAGAUAAAUAUUACUCAGACGAAUAGCAGCAAGCGGCGUGUGUAAUCUCCACUUUAAAUCGUGCCAAGAAUGGAUUUGGUAAAUAACUUUUCAUUCUGAGGUUCUAUGCCUGUGUAAAUACUGGAUAUUUGGAGUAUUAAUAGUAAUACUGUCAUGAUACUUUGGUUUUCUGCUUGUUUUUUUCCAGAUUUUUGCCUAGAAUGUGCAAAUAUUUUUAUUUCAAAACAGAAUUCAGACAAAGCAAAGCGGAUCUGAUUAGUAUCUCUAUGUAAAUACCCUGUUUUUAUUAUUAUCAUACUUGUGUUAUCUUGAAUGUGUCAGAUUUACAGAACCAUAGCAAAGCAAAAAACGUUUUCAAAGCAAUCUGGGAAACCGGAUUCCCAAACUGCCAACCUCUUCAGAUCGUAACCGUAGACUG